CUUCUUCCCUUCGUUCCGCUCUUCGCAUCGUCGUUGGGGCGACAAGGAGGUAGAGCGCAUCACCAGCUAGCAGCAUGGACUGCGCAGAUUAUAAGCGCCAGCCAUCACGGCUGGGGGCCUCGUCAUCGAGCCGUGCGACGCUACCGUCAAAAGUUGCUGCACAGCCCUCCUUGUAUGCGCUCCCCGCCUUCGAUGCUCCUUCUCAUUCAUCACCCCCAUUAAAUUCCUCUCCGCCAUCACCAUCACCCUCUCUCCACCGACACACGACCUUUUCCGGUCCCCUGGCCGGCAUCUCAGCCUUCUCCGUUGUCGAGCCGCCGCAAACAACCGCCGGGGCUCCAACGGCCCCUCGCAAGAGGAUGAGCAGGGCUGUCAAGGAUGUGCUUUUCGGCAGCGUGGCUGGCAUGGUUGCAAAGGUCUUUGAGCAUCCCUUUGACCUCAUCAAAGUCCGUCUUCAAACACAGCCAUUCACCACACCUCCUCCCGGCUCCAAUCAACAACCCCGUGGUACCCUCUACAACGGUGCACUAGACGCCUUCCGUAGCACGAUUCGCAAGGAGGGCUUCCUAGGGCUGUUUCGCGGCCUCUCGAUGCCCAUCCUCGGGGCGACCAUGGAGAACGCGACGCUCUUCUUUACGUAUAACGCGAUUCAGGGCCAGCUCAGACGGUUCAAUGGGGAGGUGUCAGGAGGAGAGACUGGGGAUCAAGGUGGGGAGGAGGAGUCGGCUUUGCCAAUGUCCCAACUAGCAAUCGCAGCCGCAGGCGCAGGAGCAGCUACCUCCCUCGUCCUCACACCGGUAGAGCUCAUCAAGUGUCGCAUGCAAGUACAGAUGAUCGGAGCAGAGGCUCAGCUGCUGGCAAAGGAGGUCGCUUCAGGGUCUACCGCAGGCUCAACCGUCACAGUCGAAGCCCUCAAUGCAGCGCGACGCUCCCUGCCCGGUCCCGUAGCGCUGCUUCGCCAGACCAUCCAAGAGAACGGCAUCCGCGGUCUUUGGCUCGGCCAGACGGGAACUCUACUUCGAGAGACGGGGGGAGGAGUAGCCUGGUUCCUCGCCUUCGAGGGGGCUUGUCGCUCCUUCGUAGCGAGGCGGCAGCAGCAGCAGCAGGUCGUCGCAGGGGGAAACAAGGUGACGAAGGCGGACCUCUCCUCCCUCGAACUGGUGGUAGCAGGGGCCGCUGCCGGCGUUAGCUACAAUGUCGUCCUCUUCCCUGCGGACGUGGUCAAGAGCACAAUGCAGACCGAGGCGGAACUUGCUGCGGGCAGCGGGAAUGCCAAGGUGGCCCCUUCCGGCUUCUUGACGACGUUCCAGCGUAUCUGGGCUACGAGGGGUAUCCGAGGGCUGUACGCGGGCUGUGGAGUUACUUGCUUGCGCUCAGGGCCUAGCAGCGCUAUCAUCUUCCUGCUGUAUAGUCGUUUAGAGCAGCUGGCUGAUAGGAGGGGGUGGUAGGUUUUCGCAGAGAGUCGGGCUGGAUAUCGUAGACGUACGUACACGCGCUCUGUUAAUGCAUAGACGCUUGCUCCUGUUCAGGCUCGCACGCGGCACUUCGCGAAAGAC